AUCCUCAAAAAUAUUUAUGUAUUUUUUACCAGUACAUUAAAGUUAAGAAUAUCUAUACGUAAUAAUUAUCUCAUUGCAUUCUUUGUAGCAAAACUAAUUUAAAUAAAAAAAUGUUGAUAAGUGAAAACAUCUUCAUACGUUCACAACGAUCACUUUAGGCAUACAGAACAAACAGUAAAAGUCUUGGUGAGGGGAAAGAAACGUUUGAUUCGCCCUGAUAUCGCGUUUAUCCGGCGCAUAAAAAAGCCUGCGUCGAUCGUCGGGGUUGUAAAAACUCCGCCUCUAUAGGGUGACGCCGCCCUCGGCAUGCGCCGAACAAGACUACCUAUUUUGCGCGAGCUCUCGUUGUCGCCUGCAAUCGUACGGCUCUCUAUCUCUCGAAGAGACGAUGUCAGUGCAAGAAAUUCCAUUGGACUUGAGUAGUCGCAAAAAAAGGCAGCGAGAACAUUCAAAAAAUAUAAAAUACCAGCGACACCUGCCCUGUCAAAUUUGUGGAAAAAAUUUCGACAGACCUUCGUUACUAAAAAGACAUCUUAGAACGCACACAGGAGAGAAACCACAUGGUUGUGCCAUUUGCGGAAAAAUGUUCAGUACCAGUAGCUCUUUGAAUACUCACGUAAGAAUUCACACCGGUGAGCGACCGCACGAAUGUCCAAUGUGUGGGAAACGAUUCACCGCAUCUUCGAAUUUAUACUACCAUCGCAUGACGCACUACAAGGUGAAACCGCAUAAAUGUACGGAAUGUGAACGCUCGUUUCCAACACCUGGAGAUUUAAAAGCGCACAGCUAUUCGCAUACCGGGAACUGGCCACUAAGAUGUCCAAUUUGUUACAGAGGUUUCUGCAAGCCCCGAAUAUUGCAUCAUCACAUAGAGCACCAUAAAGGUUUCCAUGCAAAGCAAUGUCGAAUGUGCAAGACGAAAUUUACUUCUUUAAAGAAUUUACGAUUCCACGAUUGCACAAACAAUUCUCAAUUGCUGCAACAUCUGUCAACUAAACUAGAAGACAUUAGUACAAUUGAAAAAACGAGCUCGUUUAAUAAUAAUAAAUUCAAUAAUUCUACUUUUUCAUGCAUACCAAGUAUUGCCAUAUCUUUUCCGUGGAUGUCGUAAAAGUAGAAAAUAUACAAGUGACAAGUCACAGAAUUCAUCAAAAUAGUCAUUUAUUCAAAAACUAUAUUAUUUAUCGUAUAUUUACGACUAGUAACCUCUCAUGUUUAAUAUUUUAAAAAGAAGCGUUUAAUUUAUCAAAUUUAUCAAAAAUAGAAAACAUAACGGAACUUCGUUAAUUAAACUCAGUAUUGUAUAACAAAAUUCAAAAUAAACUUAAGAUUCAUACGUAGUUCAACUUUUACUAAGAAAAAAUAGAUAAGUGAAAUCCAUAAAAA